AUUUGGUAGUAGUUGGUAUUAAUUUGAAGAAUUGGUAACGUUUUGAUUUAUUCUAAUUAAUUACUAAUAGUUAUUAUUAAUAUAUCUAGGAUUAUAAUAAGGAUAUAAUAUAAAGAUUAUAAUAAUCCUUUUUAGUUUGUUACAGGAAAUAUUUUGGUAAGAACAGCAUAAUCAACAGUUCCAUUACUUAUAUUCGUUUAUAUCCCUUUAGAAUAUUACAUAGGCAGGUUGUAAGUUAGGUAGGACAAUUUUGUCUUAAUUUUGCCUCGGUUUGUGUAGGCAGACAGGUGUCAUAUGUGAAUGAUACCUAAUUUUGUAGUCUAGUUAAUGUUCCGGGACGAUAAUCUAUUCGAGUGCGUCUGAUUAGAAAUAAGUUAUCAAAGAUUGUGUCAUAACAUAAAACAUCGAUGUUGUAAUUAAUGAACCACAGUCUCGAGACUUGUUUCGACCAUUAUAAAAUAUCGAUCGAGCACAGUGGCGGUUUCACAAUAUAAUCAAAUUUUAAUUCUUUUUUUAAUUGCAAUUCGCAUAAUCAAAAAUCCUUAAAGAGAAAUUGUGUACACUUUAUAACAUAAUGUUAUAAUAAAUAAUUAAGAGAAUUAAUAUCGUAAAAGAAAUAUCCUUUUGACGUAAUAAUUAAUUUAGUAUCAUAGUAAAGCAAUCGAUAGAAGACGUUUCAUGGAAAUGAAUACUUGAAACAUUAUAUUCUUGAUUAAAAAUCAAUGGUCGUGAAAUGAAUUAUCAGCAUUUUCUUGGAAAAAUCAAGUACUUUAUUUAUCUAAUUACGUAAUUUUCACAUUUACGACACCUAAGUAUAUAAAGCGAUCAGCCCAAGAAUUUUCAACAGUUGAUUACUGUGUUUUCUUCAACAUGGGAGCUUUAAGUGUUCCUCUUCUGCUCUGCCUUAUUGCCGUCACAUAUGGCUUCCCCGAAACUGAAAUUGUCGGUGGCAAAGAUGCCCCAGUGGGAAUGUUUCCUUACCAAGUGUCAAUCAGGAGGAGAGGAGUCCAUUUGUGUGGUGGAUCCAUUAUCAAUUCUCGAUAUAUCCUUACGGCAGCACAGUGUGCUCAAGGAUUGGGUGAUAUAAGGAAUAUUUCCAUUAAUGCUGGAACAGUUCUUUUUAAUGGGACUGGAGUAUCGUACGAAAUUGACAGAGUUGUAGUUCAUCGUAACUACACCGUGGCGACUAAUACGAACGACAUAGCUUUGAUUCGAGUCAAUAGAAACAUUCUUUUCAAUAAUCUGAUCAAACCGAUCCCAUUAGCUAAUGGCAAUUACUCUUACGAAGGAGCGUCUUGUUUUUUAACCGGGUGGGGAAAGCUUUCACUAGGCGGAAGUAAUCCAAGAGUCUUGCAGUAUGUAAAUCUGACUGUGGAAAAUCAGUGGAGAUGUAAACAGAAAUUCUCAAAUGUGAUAAAUUCUCAUAUCUGUACUUCCAGUAAUUACGGUAAAGGAGCAUGCGUUGGUGACAACGGUAGUCCUCUGGUUUCCAACGGUGUACAAAUUGGUAUCGCAUCCUUUGGAAGACCUUGCGCUGGUGGAUACCCUGACGUGUACACCAGGGUGUCCUCUUUCGACUUCUGGAUUAAGCAACAACAAUUUAACAUGCGCAAAGGAGAAGUUGAUGAACCACCAUCAGACGCAAUUUACAUUGCUUAAAUCAAUAAUUAUGACACUUUGUUAACUGGCUAUAAAGUUUGACAAUGCAAAUAUUCUUAUAAUAAUUCUUAUAAUAAAACUGUUAUUAAGAG